CGCGCGCGCAGAGAUCAUUUGCGCGCUCGCAGUUCAUAUCUACGCGUGUGGAAUAAUAUAAUACGCCCGAAUGCAUCUUUUAUCACAUGAGUGCUUUAUGGCACUCAUGUGUCGCCAUAUGGACCCACCGCGGUCAGCCAUGGAGCAGAUCGCAGCAUACUCUGCGCGGAUACGUUUCUUUCUGGAGAAGUGAAGAGGGCGUCCUACUGAACGGAGGGCGAGGUUGACCUGAACAACAGAUAAACGACAGUAGGAAAGAAUAAUAUUGAGAAAGAAGUGCUCAAUAUGGAGUCAGGAGCAACGGGACCGUGUCCAACCGACAUGGGAGAGAAUGAUCCAGAAGAAGUGCUGAGACUGAUCCUGAUUGGAAACACAGGGUCUGGGAAGAGCGCCUCAGGGAACACCAUCCUGGGCCAGAGUCACUUCAAGUCCAUGAGUUGCUCAGCCUCCGUGACACAAGUCUGCCAGCUGGUGACCUCUGAAUACCAUGCUGAGGAGGAGGCGAAGAGCAGUUCAAGCAGGAGGAGGAUGAGGAAGAAGGUGGUGGUGGUGGACAUGCCAGGUUUUGGAGACACACAACGGACCCCGGAACAGAUCAUCACGGAGAUCAGCAAAAGCAUGACCCUGACGGCCCCCGGCCCACACGCCUUCCUCCUGGUGGUCAAGCUGGAACGCUACACAGAGGAGGUGAAAAGGGCCGUGGAUAUGAUAGCUGAGGUAUUUGGUGAAGUGGCGCUCCGCGACUACACAGUGGUGCUGUUCGCCAGGGGAGAUGACCUGGAGGAGCUGAUAGAGGAGUUUCUGUCCAGCUCUGCUGACUUAAGGGGUUUGAUUCACAGGUGUGGAGGCAGGUACCACGUAAUCAACAACAGGGAUCAAGGUGAUGGGCAGCAAGUUCUCGAGCUGCUGAAAAAGGUGGAGAAGGUUGUGGAUUUCAACGGUGGAGGGCGUUAUACCAACGCCAUGUACCUGGGGGUAGAGGCAGCAAAGAAGAAGGAAAAGUUAAGGAAGGAGGAAGAGUUAAGGAAGGAGGAACAGGCUAGCAAGGAGGAAAAGUUAAGGAAGGAGGAACAGGCUAGCAAGGAGGAAGAGUUAAGGAAGGAGGAACAGGCUAGGAUUGAGAGGGAGAGCAAAUCCUCCUGCAGUAUCCUUUAGGCCAGGCCAAUGUGUUGAGAUUAAUAAAUAUUAAAACAUCUUUAUUCAUCUAUUGAAUUUUAAAAUAUAUAAAUAAUUGUCAAUCUUAAAGAGCUCCAAUCAGUAACUGUAACAAAUUACAAAAAAAAGGAAAAAGUUACUUUUCUUUUUUUAAUCGCAGCCUUUGCGAUUUGCAUAUCGCCUUAUAUUACAUCGUAACAUCGAUUUGAAAUCGAUUAAUCGUUCACCCCCACUUUAAAGUAUCUAAUAUGGCCAUUGGGGCCGGAGGGUUUGCGAGGGUCCAGAGGGUUUACGAUCCAGAUUUUUCAAAUGCUUCCCCUCUACCACGACCGCUUCACCUUUACCUUUGCCUGUUGUUUUAUGUAUAUCAGGGUCAUUUGGACCGUGAUAUAUCUUUUGUAUUUUUGAAUAUCGGGGCACUCAGUCUGGUUGAAAAGCGGGGGGCAGAACUGCAAAAGGCUCUCGUGCCCUCCUGUAAGGGAAGCAGACAGACGACUAGGUGAAAGGAGUACAGGGGGGAGUGGAGGAGCGGCUUGACAUCUUGUCUCUCCCCUGUUGCUUAACUUAUCUUUACGUUCCUAGUUUUCACUUCACUUGGAGAUGUGCCUGAUCAUUGGCUUGAGUUAAUAUUCAUAGUUAACAUGGUUCAGAAAAUAAAGUUAAUUGGAUACAUUUUAGACUUAACAUCAGAUGGGUUGUUGGUUUUACAGUUGAUUCAAUCCUGCAUAAAACUGGCUUCAUAUAUGUUUUUAUUGUCAUGAUUUAUUCACUGGAAAAUAAUCAAUUAAGGAUGUAUUGACUUCACAGUCACAUAUAUAACUUGCAUAUUGUAAAUCAAUAAACAUAUAAUUUCCUGUACU